GUAGGCCUGGCGCGGUUUUCCGGGUCUGCACGCGGCGCCGGGGGAGGGCCUGGUGGCUCUGUACUGCCGCCUCCUGGUCUCGGUUUCUCAGAAUACGCCCUUCGCCCAGGGAUUCGUUCCUUGCCGCCCCGGUACCCCCAAGCCUCUGAACCCCUGGACUCUUGCUUUGGGAGGCCCUGGCGGGGCGCCGAGAGGGGCAUUGUGUCGUGUGCGAUCCCUUCCCCCCGAGGCAGCAUCAUGUGCUAAAGAAAGUAACUUGGAGUCCCUGGUGGCCAAGCACUUAAGGAUUCAGCAUUGUCGUUGCUGUGACUCAGGUUCAGUCCCUGGCCUGGGAACUUCUACAUGGUGCAGACACAGGGGGAAAAAAAAAGGUGACUGGAUUUUACGUGAAAAGAACAUUGCGAGGGCAUAUUAAGAAGAAAAGGAUCACUUUGAGCUUUUCAAUCAAAGAAGACCUGCCUUGGUACCUGUUUUCACUAAAUGAAAACAAUCUGAAGAGGAUUUUCACUUUUACGGAAAAAAGUGAAAACAAAAAUAGCCUUCAGCACUUGUUUCUCAGCGAGCUGUUAUAGAAGGCAGUGUGAACCCUGAGCAUCAAGAGUGGCACCUCCAAGCUCCUUCCCUGGGAAUGACGCUGGGCAUCAAACUGCCAUAGCUUUGAGCAUUUGUGCUUUUUCUGGAUUUAUUUUGCACAUCUAUUAGCAAGAUGUGUCGGAAGGUACUGAGUGUGAUGUGGAGAAAUUAUAUUUCCUGUCGAAGAAUAAGAAAGCUGCCGCACAGGUACCAAAGUCAUUAUCACCCAGUGGCCCCUCUGGGAUCAAGGAUUUUAACUGACCCAGCUAAAGUUUUUGAACACAACAUGUGGGAUCACAUGCAGUGGUCAAAAGAAGAAGAAGCAGCAGCCAGAAAAAAAGUGGAGGAAAACUCAGCUGUUCGUGUCCUUUUAGAAGAGCAAGUUAAGUAUGAAAAUGAAGCUAGUAAAUAUUGGGACACAUUUUACAAGAUUCAUAAGAAUAAGUUUUUCAAAGAUCGUAAUUGGCUAUUGAGGGAAUUUCCUGAAAUUCUUCCAAUCAAUCAAAAUACUGAAGAGAAGACGAAAGAAUUACCACAGGAUCAUGUAAAAAUGAAUGCUCCAAAUUGUUUCUCAAGAAUGUACUGCACUACUGUGCCUGAAGAAAAAAAUUAUAAAAAAAAUUCUGGCUUAUCUGAUGGUCAAAGCAAAGCAGGAUCUGAUUUUUCCAACCUAGAUUCUAAAGAACACAGAAAAGGACCUUCGAAGACUGAAUUGUUUCCUGGUAGCAAUGCCACUUUCAGAAUCCUAGAGGUUGGCUGUGGUGCUGGGAAUAGUGUUUUUCCAAUUCUGAACACUCUGCAGAAUACUCCAGAGUCCUUUCUUUAUUGUUGUGAUUUUGCUUCUGGAGCUGUGGAACUAGUAAAGUCACACCCAUCUUACAGAGCAGCCCAGUGCUGUGCUUUUGUUCAUGACGUUUGUGACGAUGGCUUAGCCUACCCUUUCCCAGACGGGAUCCUGGAUGUCAUUCUCCUUGUCUUUGUGCUCUCUUCUAUUCAUCCUGACAGGAUGCAAGGUGUUGUGAACCAGCUGUCCAAGUUACUGAAACCUGGGGGGAUGCUGUUAUUUCGGGACUAUGGAAGAUAUGAUAAGACUCAGCUUCGUUUUAAAAGGGGUAAUGGACACUGUUUAUCUGAAAAUUUUUAUGUUCGAGGAGAUGGUACCAGAGCAUAUUUCUUUACAAAAGGGGAAGUCCACGAUAUGUUCUGCAAGGCUGGGUUAGAUGAGAAGCAAAAUUUGGUUGAUCGUCGCCUGCAAGUUAAUAGGAAGAAAAAAGUGAAAAUGCACCGAGUGUGGGUCCAAGGCAAAUUCCAGAAACCAUUAUACUUGACUCAAAAAAGCUCCAAACGGGUAUUUUCCGUCGUUUCUCAUGGCUGAACUGAACUGUGCAUCAUGUUAAAGUAGAAACCAGAGGAUCACACUCUUCAAAGUCUUCUGUAAAUCUUUCACUUUUGAAAAGACAACCAAAAGAAAAAAAUGUGUAUGUCCUGCUGUUUACCAUGGGUGCACUCUUUUGUGCAUUUGUAAGCACAUGCAAGUGAUUUGGAAGAAAGCACACUAUUAUUCUGUGUUUUCAAACCUUAAUAUACCCAAGCUUGUUUGGAUUUAUUACGUCUUAACCAUUUUGUUUCUUCUUUGAGUCUUAUAAGCAUUCACUUAAGUUCCUGAUAUUAAGGAUUCUGAGAAACCAUAACUUGCCAUUUUCUAGAAGUGAGAAAACUCAUCUACUUUAUUUAUGCUUUAGUUAAAUACAGUUGAACUUUUCUCCAUUGUUAACUGAUAGCAGAGAGGCAGCUCACUUUGUUUCCAAGGAAAGUCACAAGGCCAAGACAAAGGUAUAUUGUUUUUUGUUUUGUUGUUGUCCGUCUCAAACCUUUGUGUUUUUUAGGAGACUAAUGUCUGAAAUAGAAUUUUAGUUUCUCUUUCCUUAAAUUGGGGAAGUAUGAUCAUUGUUUUCAGGCUAUUCUUAGGUAUACAAGUUGUAAGCCCUCUUUAAGGUAACUGUUAUACCCAAGAAAAGUCUUCAAUUAUAGCAAUUAAAAAUGUAUUUACCACUUUGCUUCAGAGAGGAUAUAGGUUGGCUUGCAAAUUGCACUUGGUAUAAAUGGAGUUUCUAAGACUGGUCUUGCAUUCAUUACCUAGUACUUGCAUUGUACUGAAUUAUAUAGAAUAAUACAACAAAUAAAGCUGGCUAAGCAAAA